UCCUCAUUCGAUCUGCCACCUUCCCUCCCCUCUGUGCGGCUGUGCCCCUCUCCUUCUCUUAUUCUUCUUCUUCUUCUUCUUCUUUUUUCCAUCAUCUGGACGAUCUCUGCUUCUUUCUGAUCUCACGGAGAACCGCCGGGUGUUGUGUCUGGUGCCGGAUCUGUAGGUUCCGGUGAGCUCUCUUCUGGAAUGGAGGGUCACAGCUCCGGAUUCGGCCGCGUCUUCGUGCUCAUCUUUUGCGUCGCUGGAAUUUGGUCAGCUUAUAUCACUCAAGGAGUGCUUCAGGAAACUGUGUCUACCAAGCGGUUCGGACCAGAUGGGAAACGGUUUGAGCAUCUUGCAUUUUUGAACCUGGCACAAAAUGUAGUUUGUUUAAUUUGGUCAUUUAUGAUGAUUAAACUCUGGUCUAGAAGCAGAGCCAGGGGUGCUCCAUGGUGGACUUUUUGGAGUGCAGGGAUCACCAACACGAUUGGUCCAGCUAUGGGAAUUGAAGCUUUAAAGUACAUCAGUUACCCAGCCCAGGUCCUGGCAAAAUCCUCAAAAAUGAUCCCAGUGAUGCUGAUGGGAACCCUAGUUUAUGGUAUUAAAUACACUUUUCCUGAGUAUGUCUGCACUUUCCUUGUUGCUGGAGGGGUAUCAGCAUUUGCACUUUUAAAGACUAGUUCAAAGACCAUAAGCAAGCUAGCACACCCAAAUGCCCCCCUUGGGUACGGGCUAUGUUUCCUGAACUUAGCUUUUGAUGGGUUUACAAAUGCUACUCAGGACUCAAUAACAGCAAGGUAUCCAAAAACAAGUGCUUGGGAUAUAAUGUUGGGAAUGAAUCUAUGGGGUACCAUUUACAACUUGAUCUACAUGUUUGGUUGGCCGCAUGGAAGUGGAUUUGAGGCAGUCCAGUUCUGCAAGCAGCAUCCUGAGGCAGCAUGGGACAUUUUUGUCUACUGUCUAUGUGGAGCGGUGGGCCAGAACUUCAUCUUCCUAACUAUCAGCCGCUUUGGCUCACUUGCUAACACCACCAUCACCACCACACGCAAGUUUGUGAGCAUUGUAGUGUCCUCACUCCUGAGUGGGAAUCCCCUGUCAUCAAAGCAAUGGGGGUGUGUUUUCUUGGUCUUCUCUGGGUUGUCAUACCAGAUCUACCUCAAGUGGAGAAAGCUGCAAAGAAAGGAGAAGAAAAAGCCAAUGUAAGGAGAGAAUUAUUUACAAUGUUGUCUUUUUUAACUCUUUUUACAAUGUUGUCUUUUUGUUCCCCUUUCGUUGAAAUAUGGGUCUAAGCCUAAGGUUUAGUAGCCCUCAUGAAUUAGAUUAUUCAUGAGUACGAACAGUAAAAAUGUGUAAAUUUACAUUUUUGAUGCGUGAACUACUUUUUUCAUUAAUUU